AUGAAUGACAACAUAGAGAUAUUGCACAUUGAUCUGAGUAAGCUGUGUAAUGAUGUUGUCUCCGCUGUCGUUAAACAGAAGCAAAAGAGAAAGAUUCCUUUCCAAGUUGCAAAAUAUGCUGUGGGACUUGAUGAGCUUGUGAAAGAUUUUCACAGCAUUUGCCAGAGAAAUGGGCAGAUGAGAGAUAAAAUAAUUGGUAUUUUUGGAAUGGGAGGGUCCGGCAAAACCACUCUCGCCAAAUACUUGUUCAAUAGCAAACAUUCAGAAUUUAGUGGAUCAACUACUCUGUUUGAUGUGCGGGACAAACAUGUCAAAGGUGAGUUGACUUCUCUACAAAGUAAGCUUCUAAAAGAUCUGUUUCCUAGAAAUGAUCGUUCAUUUUCUAGUAUAGAAGAAGGGACCGCCUAUAUCAAGCAUGACCUUCAAGGGAGCCGUGAAUCAAGGUUCCUUAUAGUUAUAGAUGAUGUUGAUCAUCAAAAGCAGUUAGAUGCCCUAUUUCCCCUAGAUGUCCUCAAUCCCAACAGUUUAGUGAUUGUCACAACCCGUGAAGAGAGGCUUCUUAUAAAGGUCGGAGUGACAGUCCGUUAUAAGAUGAAAGUGAUGAAUCCAGAGCAUAGCAAAGAGCUCUUCUGCUGGCAUGCGCUCCAUAGACAAUCUUGUAAAAGUAGUUUUGAGAAUUUGGUAGACAACUUUGUCCAAGCAUGCAGAGGUUUGCCUCUUGCUCUUCAAGUAAUGGGUGCGCAUGUUUUUGGAAGUGGCAUGGCUUAUUGGAAAUCACAAUUAGGUGAGGUUGAGGCAAGACUAGACAAGGACAUAAAAGAUACGCUUAAAAUAAGCUACGAUCCUCUGGAAGAGGAUCAAAAACAGAUCUUUAUGGAUGUAGCAUGCUUUUUCAUAGGAGAAGAAGUGAGCAAGGCCAUAAGUAUAUGGAAAGCUUCAGGGUGGAGAGCCGAACAUGCACUUCAGACCCUCAAAGACAAGUGCCUUGUUGACGUGCAAAUUCGUUAUAUUAUGAUGUCUCCUGGUACAUCAUGCCAUUAUGAACCAACAUUGGUUUUGAAAAUGCAUGACCACCUCCGCGACUUGGGGAGGGAAAUGGCAGAUAAAGAAAUGAGCCAGCCAACAGAUAAUCAAAUGAGGCAUCCUCAUCGGCUGUGGCGUCCUGAAGAUUGUAUUGGAAUCAACAAAAUCAAGGAAUUGCAAGACACCCUCACUGAGUCCGAAAGAAAAAGUUUCAGAUGUUACAAUUAUCUCGAUAUUGAUGAUCUUGGUCUAAGAUAUUUUUUUGGGAGUACAAAGACAUCAAGUGAUUUACAAUUGCUUCAGCUUGAAAAUAAUGAAGAUGAGCCUUUUAUUCCUGAAUGGAUUCCUCUCCAAAAUUUGCACACUUUAAUUCUUGAAGAAGUAUCACAUGAGAGAUUGUGGCAAAUGGAUGACCAGAAUGUUACAAAGUCUGGAAGUCUGAACAUUGAGUUUGGAAUUAACUUCGACGACUUCAAUAUUGAAUGGAAUUGCUUGCUAAAAUCUGUAAGAGAACUCACCCAUCUACAAAAUUUAAGGUUGAGACGCUGUAUUGUAGAAGGGAAAUUUUCUUUAAGCAACAGUAUUAUUAGCCGCUGUCGGAGGCUAUGGGAUAUAUCAGCUAUUGAAAGAUUGAAGGGUUUGAAGAGGAUCUGGAUCGCUCAUUGUCCAGAGCUGAAGAGUAUAAAAGCUGUCGAGCAAUUGAAGGGAUUGAAGACAAUCUGGAUUCAGGACUGUCGACGGCUUCAGGGUGUAAUUUGUUUUAAGGAACUGAAGGAGUUGAUGAGAAUCUUCAUUGGGAAUUGUGCAAGGCUGAAAAAUAUUGAGGGCAUUGAAUUUUUAAUACGCUUGGAGAGCAUUAUCAUUGCUCAAUGUCCGCAGCUGGAGAAUAUAAGAGGCAUCGAAGAAUUGAAAGGAUUGAAGGAGAUGAUUAUUUCAGAUAGUCCUAUGAUAAGUUGCAUUGAAAGGUUGCAGAGAUUGCCGUCGGAGCUUAAAACUAUAGUGGGGAGAUCGGCUGAAGAUUUUAAUGCAGAUACAAUUGGCGACACAUUAUCUAUGGUGCAAAAUGAGCACUGUGAAAUAGAUUGGAAGGGAAAUUCGAAUCAUUUUUUGGUACGGAGCAAACAAGUAGAGGAGAUGAUCUAUUCGUUUCAUAAAACCCAUCAUUUGUUCAGUACAUUCAUCUUUUGUGCUGCGGUUUGGAAGUCUCCUGAGAUAGGGGGCGACAUUUUAAAUGGGACAAGGAUUGAGCUCGAAAACACUAAUGACCUAAGACAUAUAAAUCUCUUCAGGGGAGGUACAGAUUGGAUAUAUACGUGCGUGGUUAAUGAGGAAAGGUUCUUAAAAUAUGACUCCUGGAUGCCCAAAUCUCAUGAUAUAAAGAGAGCAUUUUUAAUGGGAGUGAAGGCAGACGAAGGAAGGAAAGCUGUCCACAUAUUGCAAAGCUUAUUUGCUCAACUCUGCAUUCGCAAUAGCGAAUAUUCUGAAGAAGAUCUGCUGCGCUAUAGGCUUCUUGACCCUCAUGAUUUUAAGGAGUUUAAGUGUGUGAGUGACUGCUAUGAGUAUGGUUUCUUUGGUUAUGAUGAUUUCGCUGACUAUGUUGAUGACAAUGCAGAAUAUAAUGGUGGCGAUGAUGAGGAUCAUCGUUAUAAUGAUAAUAUAAGCGUGAGGGUGGCAGUUACGUAUGAGGGUGUUGUUGCGGGAGGGGUUGGCUUCGGGGCUGUGGGUGUAAAGGUGGAGCGGUGGCUGCAGGUGGUGGGAGGUGUUGCGGGGGGCAGGGGAUCGGGUUUUCUGCGAAACUGCAGCCUGUGCAUGAGGAAGGGUAGUGGGGGGCUCAAGUUGCACGGUGGCGAGAGGGUGUUUUUUGCAAGAGGGUGCAGAGUCAUUGGCUAG